AAGAGAACGGCACCCCUCUGCGCCGCCCCAUUUCGUUUGGCCCACAAAGAAGCACAGCCAUGGCGAGCGACGUGGUGGAGGAUGAACUGGAAUUCUACUCCAAAGCAGAGAAAUAUUGGAAGGACAUCCCGGCCACAGUGGAUGGGAUGUUGGGCGGCUAUGGGCACAUUUCCAGCAUCGAUAUCAACAGCUCCAGGAAAUUUUUGCUCCGGUUCCUGCGGGACGCACCGAACAGGACUGGGACGGCCCGGGCUUUGGACUGCGGCGCCGGCAUCGGCCGGAUCACCAAGCGACUCCUGCUGCCUCUUUUCAAAGCGGUGGACAUGGUGGACGUGACGGAGGACUUUCUGAACAAAGCCAGGUCCUACCUGGGCGAGGAGGGCCGGCGCGUCCGGAACUAUUUCUGUUGCGGCUUGCAGGACUUCAGCCCCGAGCCCAGCGCGUACGACGUCAUCUGGAUCCAGUGGGUCAUAGGGCACCUGACGGACGACCACCUCGCUGACUUCCUGAAACGUUGCCGCCUCGGCCUGCAGCCCAACGGCAUCAUUGUCAUCAAAGACAACAUGACACAGGAAGGGGUCAUUAGGGAUGAUGUCGACAGCAGCGUGUGCCGGGACCUGGACUUGGUCUGCAAGAUCGUCCGUCACGCCGGCCUCAGCCUCUUGGCCCAAGAGAAGCAAGAGAACUUCCCAGAUGAAAUCUAUCAGGUCUAUACUCUGGCCAUGAGAUGAAAGUCCUGCAGCCGCGGGGAGCAUCGACGAGCUGCCUCCGGGGAUGGAGGGUCCGAGGCGAACGACCCGAGGAGACGGUCCGGAUGUCGGGAGGGGGGUGCGUCGCAAGGAGCGUGGCCGAGAUUUUGGUGUGGGACGGGGGAGAAGUAAACCUGAGCCUUUCUUGGUCUUCCAGCCCUGCUGCGGUUGUUUUUCUUGUUGGAGGAAAAUCGGCCCAAUACACUCUGUAUGGUUUCAGGGUU